AAAGCAGGGUAUAGGUUGCUUCGAGAGGCGAAGCAAAAAGCAGGGAGGGUUGCGCCGAGCGUUCUCGCUUCUGAAGCAGUCAUGGCGGAACAGCCUAAGUCCCCUCAAGCGCCUAUUAGCCCCAUAAAGAACUUCUUCGCGGGUGGCUUCGGAGGCGUCUGCUUGGUCUUCGUGGGACACCCACUUGACACCAUCAAGGUCAGACUACAAACUCAAACGAAACCUUUGCCAGGAGAGCCUCCUCUUUACGCUGGGACCUUUGACUGUUUCAGAAAGACUCUUAUGAAAGAGGGUGUCCGUGGCUUGUAUAAGGGGAUGGCAGCCCCCAUUGUUGGUGUGACCCCCAUGUUUGCUGUGUGUUUCUUUGGAUUUGGCUUGGGCAAAAAACUGCAACAGAAGACCCCAGAUGAUAUCUUGACAUAUCCUCAGCUGUUUGCAGCAGGAAUGUUAUCAGGGGUGUUUACCACUGCAAUUAUGGCACCAGGAGAGAGGAUCAAGUGCCUGCUACAGAUCCAAGCAACGUCUGGUGAAAAAAAAUAUGCGGGCCCCUUGGACUGUGCCAAACAACUAUAUCGUGAAGCUGGCCUUCGAAACGUGUACAAAGGAACAGUGCUUACCCUCAUGAGAGAUGUUCCAGCCAGUGGGAUGUACUUCAUGACCUAUGAAUGGCUGAAAAAUAUUUUGACACCUCAAGGGCAGAGUGUCAGUGACCUCAGUGUGCCUAGCAUACUCUUUGCCGGAGGCAUGGCAGGGAUCUUCAACUGGGCUGUUGGAAUCCCUCCUGAUGUGUUGAAGUCACGAUUCCAGACAGCUCCUCCAGGAAAGUAUCCAAACGGCUUCCGAGAUGUACUGCGAGAGCUUGUUCGAGAGGAGGGAGUGAUGUCUCUGUACAAGGGAUUCACCGCUGUGAUGAUCAGAGCCUUUCCUGCCAAUGCAGCAUGCUUCCUUGGCUUUGAAGUUGCCAUGAAGUUUCUUAACUGGCUCGUACCAGGGUUUUGAUGACCGAUUAGUAUGCUCCUCAAGGAACCCGAGGACAAGAAAAAGAACUGCAGAAAUUGCAUUGGAAGAGAAAAUCAGAAUUAUGAACUAAGCUAUAAAGUGACUCGUUUUCUAUGAAUCUUUUUGCCUUACACUUUCUGGGUGGUGUCCUUUUGCCAUUUGGAAUCUUAAGCCAAAUCUCUUUCUGUGGAGAAAUUCAAGAGGAAUUCACAAUAACAUACCUGCCUUCUCAAUUCAAAAGUACCAAAGCGGUUAUGCUGUUGAUAAAAGACCUUACUGCUAUUAACAGGUAUCAGCUUUUAAUUUUUGACCUCAUUUUCCUUUGGUGAAUAAAGGAAAAUGAUUUUAAUUUCUCUUUUUUAUAUUAGUAAACAAAUGCAUUGCUGGUUAUUGUACCAAGGGCAUUCCAAAAAGCCAUGGGAUGUUUGGAAUUAGCCAUAUUGUACUUAAUUCUCAGGACAGAAUUUAAUUAAUAGCAUACACUGAUAUAAGAACAUUUGUAGCAUGUUUUGACCGUGUGAGCCUCCAUUUAUUGUCUUGAGAUCUCUGACCCAAAGUCCAUGGCAUGCAACUGCUGCUUUGAAGAAAUUAAUGUAAAAAGAAAGCCAACUGGAAGAAUAUUGCAAAAAUUAAAGAGCCUUGAAGUCACCAAAUAUAAAUAAGUCAUAAAUUAGUGAAGGCCUGCUAUGUGUUUGUGUAUGAUGAAAACCUCAGAUAAGUGAAGAGCAGAAACCAUGGGGUAAAUCACAACCACUUUGGCUGGAAUGGGCAGUCAGCAUAAAAAUACCUUUCUCGAAAUUCAAGAGUGGUCCUUUCUGGGUAACUAAUAAUAUCUUGGGAAGCAGCUUCACAAGAGCUGGACAAUCUUCUUGUCUAUGGCAUAACAGAUUAUGAAUGUUGGUAUUCCUGGUGCCUAGAGAUGUGUAACAAUGGUUUCAAAGCAAUUUGUUUUCCACCCUAGCAAGCUUCUAAAGUUGAAGGAGCUUGCAAUAGAAUAACUAAUAACUGCCAUUCUGUUUUUAAGGUAGUCCUCUUUUACAUUCAUGUGUGAGUUUUUAAGUACAUCCCAUGUACAAAGAGAAAAAAUAGUAUUUACAAAACAUCUCACUGGAACAUGUUUAGGACUCAAUAAAAGUUGUGUAUUGGUA